CCUGGCCCCCAGACCCCGAGCUGUGGCCACCCUCCCAGCCCCGUGGAGUCUGACCAGCUGGCCCUCCUCCCUCCCGCCACAGGCCCGUUCUUCCGCUACCGCACGUACCUGGACUGGCUGGAGCAGCCGUUCCCGGGGGCCGUGCCCAGCCUGCGGCCCCUCCUGCGCCGGGCCUGGCCCGCCCCGCUCUUCGGGCUGCUCUUCCUACUAUCCUCACACCUCUUCCCGCUGGAGGCCGUGCGUGAGGACGCCUUCUACGCCCGCCCGCUGCCCGCCCGCCUCUUCUACAUGGUCCCCGUCUUCUUCGCCUUCCGCAUGCGCUUCUACGUGGCCUGGAUUGCCGCCGAGUGCGGCUGCAUUGCUGCCGGCUUCGGGGCCUACCCCGUGGCCGCCAAAGCCCGGGCCGGGGGCGGCCCCACCCUCCAAUGCCCACCCCCUAGCAGUCCGGAGGAGGCGGCUUCCCUGGAGUACGACUAUGAGACCGUCCGCAACAUCGACUGCUACGGCACUGACUUCUGCGUGCGGGUGCGGGAUGGCAUGCGGUACUGGAACAUGACGGUGCAGUGGUGGCUGGCACAGUAUGUCUACAAGAGCGCGCCCACCCGCUCCUAUGUCUUCAGGAGCGCCUGGACCAUGUUGCUGAGCGCCUACUGGCACGGCCUGCACCCUGGCUACUACCUAAGCUUCCUGACCAUCCCGCUGUGCCUGGCGGCCGAGGGCCGGCUGGAGUCAGCCCUGCGGGGGCAACUCAGCCCUGGGGCCCAGAAGGCCUGGGACUGGGUGCACUGGUUCCUGAAGAUGCGUGCCUAUGACUACAUGUGCAUGGGCUUCGUGCUGCUCUCCCUGGGAGACACACUACGGUAUUGGGCCUCCAUCUACUUCUGCAUCCACAUCCUGGCCAUGGCCGCCCUGGGGCUGGGGCUGGCUCUGGGUGGGGGCAGCCCCAGCCGGAGGAAGACAGCACCCCAGGCCACCAGCCUUGCCCCAGAAAAGCUCCGGGAGGAGUAGGGAGGAGGCGGCUGCCGCCCCGACACUCCCUGGGCCCGUCAGUCCAGCCACCACGCUUUUGCCUGGGAAUCGCGGGCACCAGGCUGCUGUGUCUUUUCCCAGAAAGAGCUGGAUUUGGCUGAGGGCCUGGGGAGGAUUCUCAUUCCUCAGCUCUGCGCCCCCCCCAUGCAGCAAGGCGGGGCGGGGGGUGCCCUCCCUGCUCCCCUGCCCUCUGCCCGGAGGGCUCAGGAGGCUGUUUUCCCUCCUGGAAAGUCAAGGUGUUGUCCAGAGAGAAGCCCCCCCCAGCAGGGGCCCCUGGGCCACAGCGUUUCCCCGUCAGAUUCCCCUUUUCUGGCCCCACGGUGUGGGGCGGAAGCUGCCUGGAAGGUUCUGGGAGUGGGAGACCUCUCUGGAGGCCUUUGCCCGGCGUUCGUAGAACAGUGUUUCCAGCCUGGCAGGGGACAUAACCCUCCCAUUUCAUAGCGGGGAACUGAAGCACCAAGGAGCAGACCUUUGGACAUGGUUCUUGCAGCUUCCAUCGGAGCCACCUCAAUCCCAGCGCUCCUGUCACCCUCUUGUCAUUCUCUGGCCUAAAAUAGGGCCAGAAUGUGUGAACUCCCCCAAUAAAAUGUUUCACGAAGACCA